AUGCACCUUUAUAAACCCGGCGCCCCACAUUUCUCCAUGGAAAAACGCCAACGAAAACGAAUUCACGGUCGAUUUGAAUGCGAGCAUCCAGGGUGUGGAAGGGUCUUUUCUCGAGGCGACCACCUUUCACGUCACAAAAGAAACCACGAUGUAGCUAAAAGUUACCAGUGUAACUGGCCUGGAUGUGGCCGAGUUUUCGCUCGAAACGAUAUAAAGGAGAAACAUUUUCGGCGACACAAGGAACGACAGCUCAAAAGUGGUUAUGGGAGCUCAGCAAAAGUAGCGGAGAAUUCAACGGUCUCCUGCGAAUACGACCCCCCACCAAUGGACGACCAUCCUCCCCCACCAUCACCCGAAGAUAACCACCAACCUUCUCCACUGUUUCAGCUGGUUCCUAUAAUGGACAGCAAGGGCCAAAAACCACAGACACACCCAAGAUCGAGUGGUGAAAGAAACUUGGGUGAAAGUGGGGGACACAAUUUGCACCCAAAUGCCAAUAAUGGGUUGCAACAAAGUGGGGGAGAUUUGGGCAAAUCUCUAUCUCCAUCCGAUCUUAUCGAAUGGCUUUUUCACGAUGAUCUUGAGAUCGGUAACCCUCCUGGACCUUCGCCAGAACGGCCAUCAGGGUUUUCUCCAAUGUCUUUUCUCGAGUCGAUGUUUGCGGUUUCUCCAGAAUUUCCCCAUUCCAAUACCCGCAAAAAUGUCGAUGAGAAUAUUCGUCUGGUACUCGUAUCUCUCAUUCCGCUGCUACAGUACAACCCAGAAUUUGGUGUUCGCCAAAUAGAGCGAUGCCUUCAAGUUUACUGGCUUAUCUACCAUCCGCAAUAUCCAAUUCUUCACAAACCGUCGUUCUCAAAUUACGAUGCCCACCCGCUACUUCUUCUAGCUAUGAUCAUGCUAGGAGCCGGUCUAAGCACUUGCACAGGCAACGAUGAGCUGGCAAUCUUCCACCAUCCAAAAGCUCUAGCUGACGAAAUAGCAGGACCUCUUCGAUGGCUCAUCUUGUCGAAUUCAGACUGCAAACCUCCAGCCAGGCUCUGGGUGAUCCAGAGCUUGCUCCUCUUAGAAACCUACGAAAUCACCUCCACGACCCGGUUUCUUCAUGAGCGAGCUUACUUGCACCACGGUGCCAAAAUACAGCUUCUUCGAAGAUCUCCAGUGCUUGGAGGAGAUCCAUUGAAAGACGAAGACGAAGACGAAGACGACGCAUACCUUCCAGCCAACCAUGUGUGGAAAAAAUGGGUCGAGGUGGAGUCGAUGAAAAGAGCCACCUUGAUGGCUUUCUACCUCGACACCGUCCAUGCCACAGUAUAUGGCCAUAUGGUAGUUCUUUAUGCUCAUCAGAUCCGACUCUCGCUUCCCUGCGAAGACGAGCUUUGGGAGUUUGACAAUGUGGGCCAAAAAACCGAUUCUUUCAAAGGACUAAAAACUCCAAAAUUCCUCGCAGCUCUCAAAAGCUUACUCCACCGGCAGAAAAUACCCACUUCGUCGUUUGGAAAAAAGAUCUUGCUAGCAGGACUUCUCACUAUAAUGUUCCAAAUGCAACAAAAGGAUUUGCAGCUAUCUUUCAUCGAAUGGAACUCAGUCAAAGAUUCGUGGACAGAUACCAUUUCGCUAGCUAUUGACGUCUGGAGAGUCGAUAUAUGUACACCAGGCUGCUGCUCGACAGAAACUUCUCUUUGCUUUGCUCCAAACGAUCGCAAGCUCUUACCUCCCAUGCUCCGACCCGACGACCUGCGAUGCAAAUUUGCACUAUAUCAUAUCUCGCAAAUCUACAUGAGAAUCACCCACUACGACUACAUUAUCUAUGCUGGGGCUCCGAGCAGAAUGAAUGUUAAGGUGGGAGAGCACGAGUACCGCACAGUGGAAAAUCGUAUACUCAAAUGGUCGCAGUCUUCAGCUGGAAGAAUUUCUGUUAUCCAUGCGUACAUGUUUCUCUUUGAAAUGCUACUUUCGCCCACCAACGAAGACAUAACUUACACCUACGACCCCAAUUGCGACCCUUUUUUGCACCGCAAGAAUAUUAUGGCCAGUGCCAUAUUGGUGAUUUUCGCAUACAAUUUUUCACUCGAGGGACCCGAAUCCUCGCUAUUUGACGAGCUUCCACCAAACGCAAAUUUCUACCCUGAGAAGGAAGACGGCUAUUCCUACUUGCGGCGGAUCCGUCGCCAGCUCUCCCAGGCUUCUGGAGCCCCGGUGGAAACUCCAACAUAUGUUGCAACCAGUAAGAACAAUCCCACCAGCACCAUCUACCACUCGACCAUACGGCAACAUGCUGAAAACCUACCGACGGUACCCAACAAGAACCAUAUAGUGGGCCUCCUCAAGGUGUUUUUCAGGAUGUUUGAGCGCUCCAACUGGGAAGUUGGUCUUGAAUAUUCGAGGCUCUUUCAAAAUGCCAUCGAGCGCAGUUUGGGAAGAACGAAAAUUUCUUGUGAUGGCAUGUAUUCUAUCGAGUAG